CCAUAGCUUCCAGUCGGUUUUAUAUCAUUACGUGCAACACGUUCACUUGUGAACGCUGCUAUAUGGGACAGGAGAAAAGACUAGACUCCAGAUAUUUUGGUGAGAAGCGAAGAAAAUAGUAAACUAAGUCUUUGUCCGUCACUUCUUCUGUUUCCCAGUCUUAGGUUUAAGUUGAAGAUCAGGAAAACCAUAGACACAGCCACAAGCAUAUUGGAAACAAACAGUUACACCCUGCAGACAUGGUGAGAACCCCUUGUUGCGACAAAAAUGGUCUCAAAAAAGGAUCAUGGACACAGGAGGAAGACAAGAAGUUGAUCGCUUAUGUUACCAGGUAUGGCCACUGGAAUUGGCGCCUGCUCCCCAAGUAUGCAGGUCUUGCAAGGUGUGGAAAGAGUUGCAGACUGAGAUGGCUGAACUACCUAAGGCCAGAUGUGAAAAGAGGGAAUUUUAGUGAUGAGGAAGAAGAAACCAUUGUGAGACUUCACAAAAAGCUUGGUAAUAGGUAUGUAUAAAUUACUGGGCCUGGUACUACUACUGUUUCUUCUGAGUUUGCACAACUCAAAGUUCACUUUGGUCGUGCGAAAAGCUGAACACAUUGUCAUGAAUCAGAUUACACUAUUCUCAGACUCAUUGUAAGUUUACUAUAGGAUUCAAU